AUGCCAAGUCCGGGGACAUCUAGCGAGGAACUGGAGGAGUGCGUUGACAACAUGGAGCAGGAGGCAAGGGGGACGACGGCGGUGGCUGGAGACGAAAGGCGAGAGUGGACGGAAGCCGAAUGGGCUGAGUGGAAUAAGAAGUGGUACUGGGGGCAGAGCUGGAUGUCUGGCUCUCAAUGGUACGCUUCUGGGGAAGCAGGUCAGCGUGAUGGAGCAGCUGGGGCGGCUGCUUCGACCACGUUGCCGGCGUCUGGGGUUGAGCACUCAGACCCGUGGCACGCUCGCAAUGGCGACCCGUGGUCAAGAAGGACCUCGACGUCUGGAGCACCUCCGGCAGUCGAUCACGGUCGUCAAGGCGGUUGGUGGCAGUCAGGACACUACGCCAAGGGGGACUAUAGUGAUCCUCCGGCGUGGCCCGGAUGGAGCAACUAUAGGUUGUGGAGGAGGGCCAUUCUUCGGUGGAAUCACAACACCGACGUGAGCGUAUGGAGGAGAGCCGAGAAGGUUCUCAAGACGCUUGAAUGGGAUCUUCAGGCCAAGCUCGAUCAUGUUUCCGAGACCACCUUGGCCAGUCCGGCCUACAUCACUGAGAUCCUGGGGGUCCUGGAUGUGCUAGCAGGAGAAAGAGAGGAUUCUGAGAAGAGGGGAGCCGUUCGAGCAGCCUUGUUUGAAGGCAACAGACGAGGCGAUGAGAGCUUAGCGCAGUACGCGCUGCGUCGGGAGUCGCAGUUUGAAGUGGCCAGUCGAUACAUUGCCAUCCCGGAAGAGAUCAAGGGCAUCCUUUUGGAGGAACAGUCUGGCCUUUCGAAGCAGAGCAUGCAAAGUCUCAGGGUCCUCACCAAGGGGCAGCACUCCUACUCCGAGGUGAGAAAGGCACUUCAGGUACUUGACCUGGACGAGGAGAGCAUUGUGAAGCCAGGCAAGGUGAACUAUUUCGGCGACACCAUGGAGGAAGAGAUCAUGGACUCCGACCUGGACGAUGAGGAGGUCUUUGCGGCCCUCGAGUACCAGGAGGUUGAUGAAGAUGCAGCGAUUUCCCUCAUGGCUGAUCUACAGCAAGACCGACGGCGGACUUGGAAGGAAAACAAACUUUUGAAGGCUGCCCGUAGGAAAGACCGAAGACAUUUUGAUGACAAGAACUCACGGCCAUCUCGACCUCCGUAUCGCCGAAGGUUGUCCAUCGAGGAGCUCAAGAAGGUGACCCAUUGCAGCAAUUGCGGCAAGAAGGGACACUGGCGAGAAGACUGUCACGAGGCUUCAACCAAUGGUGACAAGACUCAUAAGGACAAGCAUCCCAAAAUGGCAGCUUUUGCCUACCUGGGAGUGUCCGACCAGGGGAACGACUCCGUUUUCCUCGUCGCGAACUUUGGCAGCUACCAGACCAUGGAGCAGGACUGUUUCUUAGAACUUGGCCCGGGGCAGGCAAUUGUGGACCCGGGCGCUUCGCAAGACCUCAUCGGACAUCCCAGUUUUUUGAAGCUUCAGGAAAAGCUUCGUGAAGUUGGUCUGAAGACCAUCAAGCUGGAGGAGAAGCCAGCUAAGGCCUCCGGAGUGGGUGGCACUGCUAAGACGCUCUUCAUGGCCUUGGCACCAUGUAUCCUGGGGGGACAACCAGGAAUAGUGAAGUUGACCGUUGUGGAAGACAACAUUCCACAACUUUUGUCGAUAGGACUUUUGGAGCAUGGUCACGCCGUUAUCGAUACGCAGGCAGACCAGAUUUUCUUUAAGAAAUUUGACAAGGUGGCAAAGAUGACCAGAAUUCCGUCUGGCCACCGCACUUUGAGCAUUGCAGACUGGGAUGGAAGCGAAUUCCCGACUUACUCCGCGAUCGCACCAGUAGAGCCCAAUACUCAUCUUGUGAUCUUCAGCAUGGCGGGCGUGCUCAAUGCCAGGGUGAAGAAGUCGCGCAUUCGCUCGGAAGCGGACCGAGAACACCUGGAGAUGAGCUGGCAUCACUUUGCUCGAAAGCUGCUGAUCUUGAAUCGGGGCCCGGGAGCUUUGGAGAUUCUCGGCAUGAAGAUGCGUCCAGGGGACUUCACGACGUCGUCUCCGGGACCCUCCGAUCCGUCCGGGAUGACGCCGUCCUCUCGGAAGAUGUUGGACAGCUGCAGUCAUCCCAAAGAGUUCGAGACUCGAGGCGCCAAUCAGCAUGGAACGUGGACAAGGUGCUCACUGUGCCAGAGCAAGACUGGCUACCAAAAGUACGGCAAGAACAACCCGCCUCCGGCGGCCAGAAAGGCCAAGAGCGUGGCAGUCGAGACCUAUGUCUCGGCACCAUCCACGCCAGCUCCGAGAACUCCUCUCCCGGUGACCUCAGGCCCCGUGCCCUCCAUCAUGCCGGAUCUCGAGACGGCGUUUCAGGGUCAGAAUCAGCAGCUGGCACACAACACGGCUGCCAUCAUGGCCCAGGUGAUGACACCGGUGGUGGAGGGCUUUCACCAAGCACUCCGAGUUCAGGCAGAGGAGGCCCAGCGGAUCCAAGAUCGACAAGAAGUGCAAAUGCAACAGCUCUUCUUGACUCAGCAGCGCAUCAUGCAGCAAACAGAUCCGACUCGUCAACCCGGAGCGGUCUUUCCGGCGUUGAGUCCGGAGGAGAUCCACCGCGUGAUGGCACAGUCAUUUGCCAUGGCACAGCGACAUCCUCUUCCAGAGGAGGACGAAUUGGACAGUUUUCGAGACGUGUUCAUCGUUCGUGACUCGGAGUUGGUGGAUGAUCUCGUGUGUAGUGAUUUUCCCGAAGGGGCGGAAACGCACCUGAGUCGAAAGCAGAAGAAGGCAGUGAAGGCAGGCUUGGCGGUCACGAAGCCCUCCAGCUUAGACCUCACGACCGGCUGGGAUGCCCUCAAGCCUGAGGACAGAAAGCGGAUGUGGGAAAUUCUAGAGCACCAGAAGCCAGACAUUGUCAUCAUGAGCCCCGACUGCAAGAUGUUUUGUCAGCUCAUGAACGUCAAUCUGAGCCGCAUUCCAGUUGAAAGACUUUCCAGAGAUCAGAUGAGAGCCUUGGUGAUGUGGCACAUGUGCAUUCAAGUAGCUGAACACCAGCUGAAUCACGAUCGUUAUUUUUUCUUGGAGCAGCCGGGCGGUGCUUCCUCAUGGAAGACGCACGCAGCAGAGUGGCUUCUGAAACAAAAAGGAGUUCAUCAUUUCCUGUUUGAUCAAUGUGAACUUGGUUUGCAAGUAAGUGAUGCUGGUCUCUCACGAAAGACCACGGGAGCGGCCACGAAUCACCUUGGCAUAGCCUUUCUGCUGUCCCAAUAUCAGUGUUCUGGCAGUCAUCAACACAUCCAGCUGGAAAAUGGGCUCCCUCACAAAGCACGCAUAUAUCCUCCGGAUCUAGUGCACAACAUUGUUCAGGGGAUUCUGCGGGGAUCACAGGAAUUUGUUGGAGCUGCCCAACCUGAUGACCUGAUAGAUGAGGAGGGAGAAGAAGGACUUGAUCUUGAUCCUCAACCUCGAACUCCAGGAACCCUUCAGAGAGAUCAAUCGGAAGUCCUGUCAGAAGAGCAGAAGAAGAAGGUGAUGCUUAUGCACCUGAACAUGGGUCACCUUCCUCGGGAUAAGAUGCUGACCAUGCUUAAAGCAGCAGGCGCUCGAGAGGGCGUGCUGUGUUAUGUGAAGAACACCUUCAGCUGUGGUCAUUGCAUGAGACAACAGAAACCGGUUGAGAGAAGGCACGCUGCCGUGCCUCGUACUUUUUCCUUCAACAGAAUCAUCGGGUUAGACUACUUCUUUCUUUCCUUUAUGAACAAGACGUUUGCGUUUUUGAAUGCAGUCUGUCACGGCACCAAUUUCCAGCAGGUUGGGUUGUUGAAAGAAUACGAUCGGGGAGUGCCAUCGUCACAGGAAACAUGGAAGCUCUUCAAUCGCAUUUGGAUACAACCUUUUGGAAUUCCAGAAACAAUCGUUAGUGAUGGUGGUUCAGAAUUCAAGCAAAGAUUUGAACGAUCAGUGGAACAGCACGGGAUUCUGCAGAUAAUCACUGACGCCGCCUCCCCGUGGCAGAACGGGAGGGUUGAGCGACAUGGAGGAUGGGUCAAGGAGAGAGCUGAACUGGAGAUUUCUUCCGUGCAGACCAUUCUGACCGAUCCCUCCGAUCUGGAAGAGCUGAUUUUGAUGAUAGUGGCAUGCAAGAACAGGUGGUUUUCUAGAGGGGGCUUUAGCCCAUGUCAGCUGGUUUUUGGGGCAAAUCCAAGAGUUCCCACGGAGCUCUUGUCUGAUGACACGAUGCAAGAACUUGGCUGGCAAGAGAUUGAAAAUGACGCAUUUGAUCAAGACACAGCCUCUGCAGCCUACAACAGGUCGCAUCACAUCAGACAGAGAGCAAGACAACUGUGCAUACAGGCCAAUAGCAAGGAGAAGAUUCGUUUGAGCACGAGUCAGAGGGUGCACAAACAGCGCUUCUGGGCUGUGGGACAGUGGGUCUAUGUCUGGAGGAAGUUUCCCGGCACAGGACAAGGGCAUCUCACAAGAGCUCGUUGGACAGGUCCGGGGGUGGUCGUUUUGCAAGCAGGUCAUACUGUUUGGGUGUCCAUGCGAGCUAGACUUUGGAAGUGCAACAGCGAUCAGUUGAGACCGGCUUCACACUUUGAAUCCAUUGGAGCUGACCUUGCCCGAGCCGGAGAACUGCAAGACCUGAUCAAGCAAGGACGCUCCAGCAAGGCUGGUGCAGUAGACGUGACUGCAGAAGGCAGCCCACCACCAGAAGCGGACUCAGAGGUUCCCUCCGCUGAGAUCGGACAACCUUUGACUGGCGAUCAACCUCCCAUGAAUUCGACAGAUGCGAGACCAUCAACCAGACCUGAGGAAAUUCAUAGACCAGGAUCCCUUCGGGUCAUAGGCAUUCCAGACACCAUUGUUCCAGGUGGUGAUGAAGAUGUCGCUUCCAUCGACACCGACAGCCGAGCCACAGCCUCAGCAAAGAGAAAGACAGAGGAGAAUUCAGAAGAGACAGACGGCAAGAAGAAGAAGGUUGGGCUCAGCCUGAUCGUUGACCACAGUGGCAACUGCUUUAAGCGUGCUGGCACAAAGAAAGUCAGCCUGAAAGACGUCGAAAGCAACAAGGAGGUCGUAGCUGCACUGCUUCGGGUGAGUGGGGGCAGAGGCUACUUCAGCAAGCGGUUGAUUGACGACGCCAUUCGCCUUUUCUACAAGCAGGAGAACCUAUAUCCACCUGGCAUUUCUGAAGGAUCACCGUCGAUUCUCGAGUGGAGCGACUAUGAAGGAAUGGAGCAGGACAUUGAUAAAGAUCCUUUGGGAGAAGCAGAGAGCGAUUCUGACGGUUCUGGCUGCAGUUUUGACAUGGGCAAAAUUUUGGCCGUGGUUCAGAAGAUCCAACACGAUACCGAGAAGACCAAGAAGAAACAGAAUUUGAAGAUUGACUUUCAACCUGAAGAGGUGAAAUCAUAUCAGGCCGGUACUUUCAGGGCAUUGUAUGACUCCUUCUUGAAGGAAGAAAAGUCAAAGGGGGUAUCGCACAAGGAGGCGAUGGAUUUGUGGAAGAAGUCCAAGGUUCGCGAGGAACUCUUGGCAACUCUGUCCGAGUCAGAGCGCAAGAAGAGGCUGGCUCUCUCACAGAUUUGCCGUGUAAAGAUGGGAGGCUUGGUGGUGGUCAAGAUCUACUUCAGGAUGGACACUCGUAGAUUUCACAGGGCGCGCAAUGCUCCGGAUGACAUGGCACACCUGAUCCGAGAGUUGCGAGCAGAUAUCGUUGCGAUCAUGGUCAAGAUGUUGUGCUUGAGGGUGGGCUUGAAUGACUUUGAAGCCCGCAGAAAGCGCUGCAAGCAAGACGAAUUGGACCAGGUCAUCCGAGCGUUCGAGAAUGAGACCAAGAGGGUCCUUAUCGAGGAAGCAGAGCUUCAAAUACAGCGUCCGGGUGAAUCAGGUGAAUCAGAAGUGGCAUCGAAUCCUGACGAGAUAGACACAGAGAUUGAAGGGGAAGAGCCUCCAGCACCACUGAAGAAGCGGCCUAGGCUGGUACAAGAGCAAGCUGACCCCAUUGGGCCAGCUGGCGUUCAGUCGCCUUCACCUCCGGCGGAUGUGACCAACGGGUUGCAUCAGAGCCUGCGCUACCACAAACAGAUGAUGAGUGGGAAAUUCUCCUUGGUUCCUGACUCAAAGGCAGUGAAGAAACGCCACUUGAAGUCAAAAGAGGACAAAGGCAAAGGUUUCGCUAGCUUCUUUGGCGACUUUGCUGAAAGGCUUGGUGGCUCAGCCAGUGAAGUGUUUACUCAGAACAUCGCUGCAGAGCUACUGCGUCUUAUGCAAGGUCAGACGAGUCAGACAAGCGAAGCCAAGCCAACUACUCCGUCCACUCCUGCCGGUGGUGCAAGUCAGGAUCAGACAAGGGAGUCCAAGACAGCUACUCCAUCCACUGCUAUGCUUGCUUUGCCUGAUGCCUCAAGUCAGGCUAGUGGUGAGAAAAAUGAGCCUGCUCCCACCCAACCUGAGGAAACAAAGGCUGUGGAACCUACAAGCCAAGAAGGUGAGGCUGCGGUUCAGGAUCCUGAGAAGAAAGAAGUGCCAACCAUUCCAGAGCAGCUGUCUGAUAAGUCUGCGGCCAACGCCUCGGCUUUGGCUACAGUUGGUCUUCUGCCACCUCCUGCAGAAAAUGCUUCACCUGAAGGCGACACAGUUCCGGGCACACCUGACGUCUUGACCAAGGAAGACCUCAAGACCAUGGAUGAAGAUGCCAUCCUGGAGAUGUACGCGGAGGGAAAAGUACCGAUUUCUUUGAUCAACAGCAGCAACUGCAGAAAGUUGCAUAUGAGAAUGCGCAGGCACAUGGAAGAUCACUCGGAUGAAGUCAAGGCCCCCAACAUGGCUGCUAUGUUUCAGGGCACCUUGAAGGAAAGAAGGGAGCUCUUGCACCAGUGGCUACAGAGCGGAGAAGUUCCAGAAAAGUGUGAAAUGAUGCUGACCAUGCAGAGAUCCACGGAAGAGGACUAUGACGCCGAAGAGCAGUUGUUGACGGUGGAAGGCAUGAAACGUGCCGGUAUCUCAGAGAAGCGGAAAAUCGCAGCUGUGGUGGCAACCCAAAAUCCCAUCUUGGACAAGGACCACCCAGAGAUCCUUGAGGAGGCAAGGUACUGGGUCCAUGUGCACAUCAAGCGGAACCACCGAGAGAAGAGUUCGGUCAGUGUGGUGGCCAAGAACAGACUUCGAGCAGACUCGGGUGGAAUGGAAGCGGUGCUGCCCGGCUUGACUAACAGGCGCAUAGCUACCGCUACCCGGCCAUUAGACAUGUCAGCAGCCCUCGCACAGCUGCAGCAGAAACCCGCGCAGAACAGUGAGCCUGAGCAGCCCAAGGGGGGGAAGCCCAGGAGGCCGAAGAAGGCUGCAACCAAGCCCAAGAAGGACACCAAGCCUCUAGAGCCCAAGACAUGGGAAGAGAUUUGCAGUGAUGCAUGUGUGGAUUUGAGGAAGGAAUAUUUGGGGACAGCUUGCGCAAUGGACUUGCCCAAAGGCCAUGAGUUGAGAAAGCAGCUCAACUCCAUGAAGGUGCAGCUUGGAAACCUCAUGGAUGAGACCAAAGAUCUCGACCUUGAUGUCCUGACACAAAGUCAGUUCGAUCGCACGAUGGAGGAGUGCAAGAAGAAGGUCUUGGCAGACCGCGUGGGCCGGAUUUAUAGCAGCAAUGUGUUUGGCGCUUCAUCGACCAAAACUCCAGAGUUCCGUGUCCACCGCAAAGCUGCAAACGCAGAUUUGGCGCUCAAAGUUGAGAUAUCGAUGCUGGAUAUUCCAGUUGCUGGAGAAGAUGGAGAGAUGGAAAUCAUUCCAUGGCCUAUUUUGCUUCCACAUAACCUUGCUAUCGCUUUGGUGCGUGAAGGGCACUAUGACAAAAUUUUUGGCACAAAGACUGACAGGAUUGAGUUCUGGGGGCAUAUGAUGAAAGAUCUUUCGCCCAGCGAAAGGUCCGCAGUCGAUCCAGAGCAUGAUGCACCAUUCGCCCUCUAUGGAGAUGAGUCCACCAUUUUCAGGGCCUCCUGCAUGAAGUUGCAUUUCCACCCGCAGCUCAACAAGUGCAGCAGUUGUGAUCCCGAUGCUGGCACAUAUUCGACAUACUCUCCUAUGCCCAUGACUGAGAGCAUAUCCAUUUUCUUUCAGCUUUGCGCCAACAUGCAGAUGACGGUGACCUUUUGUGAUGUAACUCAAGCAUUCUGUCAAUCAGAGCCAUUGUCUCGACCUCAAGGCAAGUUGUACGUGGAGGCCUGCGAUGGUUUGGAUGUUCCCAAAGGCACCCUCAUUCAACUUGUGGCACCAGUGUAUGGAUUAGAAGACGCUCCGAUCAGAUGGCAUCAGACUGUGAUCAGUUUUCUGCAGGAGAUUGGUUUUGAGCGAAGUCUUCUAGAACCGUGCUGGUAUGUGAGAAGAGAUGACCGAGGUGAGGUUGAAGCAAUGAUUCUAAUCGAAGUUGAUGACUUGAAUGUAGCAGCUCGUCCCAACCUCAAAGAUGAGUUGCUUCAGACUCUGGAGAGCAGGUUUCGCUUUGGCAAAAUGGAGUUUGAUGAGGCAGACUUCGCCGGUCGACAUGUCAAGGUUCUUCCCGGGAGAAUCGAGAUGAAUCAGGAGAAAUACAUCAUCGAAAAGCUUCACCCCAUCAAGCUUCAUGGUGGUCGCAAAGGCGACAAAUCAGCGAGGCUUCUUCCCGAGGAGUUUGAGACCUUCAGGUCCAUGCUGUACAAAGUCGCUUGGGUGGCUCAUCAGACUCGACCAGAAGCAGCAGGUGCAGUGAGCAUUCUUUCCUCUAGACUCAAGGAGGCUGUGAUUGACGACAUUUGCUGUUUGAACAAACUCAUCAGUCACCUUCGCAACACGGCUCAGCAGUCACUAGUACUACAUGGGUUUAAGAACGAGGACAUGAUCUUGAUCUCGGCAUCAGAUGCCGGAGGUGUGGACAGCAUGCCAUCGAGUGGCUCGACAGAACUGGACACCAUACAGGGCGCUUGGGUCAUCAUGGCAGCUGACAGGUUGCCCAGUGCAUCACAGAGGACCAAGGUGAGCAUUCUGAGCUGGCGCUCGUCCAAGCUUCGCAGGAAGGUGGCUUCGACGCUAGCAAGCGAGACGCUGGCCUUUAGCCAGUCACUUGGGGAGGUUGAAUGGAUCCAGAUCAUGAUCAGAGACAUUGUGAAUGGAGAUGUUUCGAGGAAAGACUGGACUGAGUCUUUGACCCCUCACUUUCCAGUGCUUCGAGAAAAUUGUGAGUUGGCCGAUCGACUACAACAAUGUCACAUCACCGAUGCCAAGAGCCUCUUCGAUUCCUUGAUGAAGGAGUCUCCCAUGUCAAGGCAAGAUAGAAGGACGUCAGUCGAGCUGAGCAUCAUUCUGGAGUCUCUUCAAAAGGCCAAGAGUGUUGUGCGAUGGGCUCCUCAUCCACGUAUGGUGGCAGAUGGUCUCACUAAGGCAGACAUCACUCGAACCAAUGGAGCAUUGGAGGAACUGCUGCGAACGUCCAAGUUGACACUUUGGGACGAGAAUGAAGAACUUAGAUGUAGAAAGGAAGAUCCCAAAGCCAGAGGCCGCGGCAUGGCCUUGGAGGCCUUUCAGCGAGGUGGAUUUGUGGAGGUUUGCCAGGCUGCCAUGCACCUCAUUGGGCCCACCACCAGAGACCCGUCUUGGGGUGAAGAGGGGCACCGCCGCAAGGCCAAGGGAGGACUGAUCCUUGGCCCUUUGGGUUUGGUGUUUGUGGCGGCUUUGUCCCAUCAUUGCAUGGGCCUUCUAUUGAAGCUCGCCACGAGGACCAGCACCAGGUCCUUUGGCUCAUUGGCUUGCAACAUCCUUGGGCGACGAGCAAAGAUUCUCGUCGACUUCUGUUUGGUGCUUACACAGUAUGGCUUCGCGAUUGCUGACAUCAUCUUCAUCGUGGAGAACGUGAGGGACGUGGUUUGUUGGGAGACCAAUCAGAGCGCUUGUCCUGGCAAAGCGGCGGUGUGCACCGGCACAUUGAUCUGUGUGUUGCCCUUCACGUGGCUUCGGUCUUUGCAGGUACUGACGGUCCCAGUCCUGAUGUCAAACGUGGUGUUGUUGUGUGGCAUCUCGUGGAUCUACUACUGCAGCUUCGUACAACUAGGCACUCACGGCAUAGCUCCGGGCAUUGUCUCCUUCAACUGGGCGGAGUUUCCGAUUUUCUUUGGCUGCGCUGUGUUUUCCUUCGAAGGGGUUGGCUUGAUCCUUCCGAUACAGUUUGCCAUGCAGCAGCCGGCCAAGUUCCCGAAGAUCUUGCAGCGGGCGAUGUUGACAGUCUCUGACUGA